AUGGAUAAAAGUUCUCGAUAUAGUGUUUUGGCUGAUGACACACUCGCAAUUAUUAUCGAAAGGAAUAAAUGUAGGGAGGAAAAUAUUGACUAUCCACACGAAAAUACGAUCGAUAAGAAUAUGAACAAAUUAAAGAAUGGGAUUAAAGAGUUAGAACAAGAAUUAUCAACAAUAGAGGAAUCAGGGACUAUGAGUUCCAAAGAGCUUAAAGAAAGGGAGGAUGUACUUAUCCGAUUAACAAACCAAGUCGAAAAGCUUGAAACAUUGGUACAAGAUAGGCAAGACAUCUCAGCAAGGGAGUUGCUUCUUGGACUUAAUUCGACGCAAGGACCUUCUUCUAGACAAAAGACGAAGACAGUAAGAUUUUCAGACCAAAUAAUAGAAGCGGAAUAUAUGGAGAAUUCUGAAGUUCUUCAAUUACAACAGCGGAUCAUUCAUGAACAGGAUCGUGAUUUAGAUAGAUUAAAUGACGCUAUAGGACGUCAAAGAGAACUAGGGAUAUUGAUCGGUGAUGAGCUGACUUAUCAAGUUGAGUUAUUAGAAGAUACGGAAGGAAUGGUUGAUCAAACUGAAAGAACUCUAGAUAAAGCAAAAAGGAGCCUCUCAAAGGUUUCGAAAGGAGUUAAAGAUAAUGGUUGUUAUUGUGUAAUUUUUUCAUUAAUCCUCGUACUUAUUAUUAUAAUUGUUCUUGCUAAAUAG